AUGGAAGAACUACCCCAGGACUGGAUGACCGGUGUCGUUGUACCGGUCUUCAAAAAAGGGGAUAGGUUGGACUGCGAGAACUACCGUGGCAUUACCAUACCAAAUGCCGCCUAUAAGAUCUUCUCUCAACUUUUGCUCCACCGGUUGCUGCCCCUGGCCGAAAACUUUGUUGGGGAGUAUCAAGCCGGCUUCAUGGAUGGACGCUCGACAACUGACCAGCUGUUUACGCUCCGGCAGAUUUUACAAAAAUGCCGUGAGUAUAACUGCAGAACACAUCACGUCUUCAUUGACUUCAAGGCGGCCUAUGACAGCAUUGACCGGCAACAGCUGUGGAUGCUGAUGAAGGAGUUUCAGUUUCCGAACAAGCUGAUCAGGCUGUGUAGGGCGACUAUGGGCAAUGUGAUGUGUUCUGUAAGGGUCGGUGGUGUCGCGUCCGCUCAGUUUUGCUUCCCAGAGAGGGCUGAGGCAAGGGGAUAG